AAUGUCUUACAGAAUCCGCUAUGAGAUGAGCCAUACGAAAUUAAAAGGCGCGUACGGACUGCCUACUGCAGUCAUUCAACUACUCAAUCAAUUGACACCUCACAGUGACGCCUUGAAAUGGCAAGUGAGUGGUGGAAAUGGAAAGGUGAUGCUCACGUUAACUUGGGAUUGGCGAACCAGUAAGAAAACGUCCAUUUGGGAAAAAGUUCAGAGAACCCUGAAAAUCAGCAAGGAUCCAUCGCCAAGCCCUACUUCAUUUGAUUUAUCACCAUACCGACCAAAAAGAUCAAAAAGUUUCAGGACAGCUCAGAGAAACGGGUAUUCAUCCCUCAACGGAGGUUUCAGCCCUAGUCAAUCACCAGCAAAGAAAACUAGUACGCCAACAUCUACUCCUGUAAAAUUGGAAAAUCCUAUUAGCCCCGUAAAACGCUCCGACUCGCACUUGAAUAAGCCAGUAAAAAUCUCCUAUAGAACCGAGGAGGAUGUGCAAAAAUCGUUAGAGGAUCUUCAUGAUGCUGUUCGUGUGAAAACUCGACAAGAGUUAGAAGAGAUGCGUCAAGAAUGGAAUAAAUCCAUGAGGAACUCCCUUCUCCCAGUUUGUGAUGAUAACGAUUCAGAUUCCAGUGAUUCUUCUUCUUGCCAAAUUCGAAUAGACGGCGCCGCCAUGCAUAGUUAUUUGGACGCUUGCGAGAGAAUAUUGACGUCCGGCGAAACGUUGAUUAUCUAG